GAUGAGCUGUUUCUCAUCUCAAACGGGCAGUGGCACACACACACACACAGGGGGAGUAAUUAUUCAUGACUUAAAUGGCGGAGGAGCUACUUCUGGAUAACCAUGGGAAACCCAGCACGCAUCUCACAAAGCCUCUGCUAGCAGUGGCUUUGCUGGCCUCGUUUGGCAGCUCUAUGCUCUAUGGCUACAAUUUGGCAGUCGUCAACUCUCCUGCAGAGUACAUCAAAGACUUCUACAAUGAGACGCUGGUAGAAAGUUACGACUGGUAUCCAGAUGAGGAGCUCCUCACUGUCUUGUACUCCCUCACCGUGUCCAUAUUUGCUAUUGGUGGGAUGACCGGAGCUCUGCUGGUGGGCAGACUCGUAACCAAAUAUGGAAGGAAAGGGACGCUGGUGAGAUCCACUGUGCUGGUGUUUAUAGGAGGAGCUCUGAUGGGCUUCAGCAGAGGGUGCAGGAUGCCCGCGAUGGUCAUUCUUGGACGCUUCAUCACAGGAGUACACUCAGGGAUCUGUCUCAGUGUGGUGCCCAUGUACCUCGGUGAGAUCGCCCCUAAGAACCUGCGAGGCUUCCUGGGCCUUGUCCCCAGCAUUCACAUUUGUCUUGGGGUCUUCAUUGCGCAGGUGCUGGGACUCCAUGAGCUGCUGGGAAAGGAAGAGCACUGGCCUCUGCUCCUGUCCCUGGUGGUGUUUCCUACCACCAUCCAGCUGAUGCUGUUGCCAUGGUUUCCAGAGAGUCCACGCUACCUGUUGAUAGAGAAGGGGAAUGUUCACGCCACCAUUGCAGCCCUGAAGUGGUACCGUCCUAAAGGAAACAUCCAGGCGGAGGUUGAUGAGAUGCAGGAGGAGCAGCGCUCUCUGUCCUCCAUCCAGACCAUCUCUGUCCGCGGCCUGCUCAUGGACCACUGUGUACGCUGGCAGGUCAUCACCAUUGUAGUGGUCAACAUCGGCAUGCAGUUGUCUGGCAUCGAUGCAAUCUGGUUCUACACAAAUGACAUAUUUAAGAACGCAGGAAUUCCAGAACCUUAUAUUCAGUACACAACCGUGGGUACUGGAGCCAUUGAGGUCAUCUCUGGGAUGCUGGGGUGUUUUACAAUCGAACGUCUGGGCAGGAGACCUCUGAUGAUUGGCGGCUUCCUCUUCAUGGGACUCUGCUGUGCUGGGAUCACAGUGUCUGUCCUCUUCCAGGCGGAGCUGUCCUUCAUGCGCUACAUCAGUGUGGGCUGCGUUGUUGGGAUCAUUGCUGGCUUCUGCAUAGGUCCAGCUGGUGUGCCUUUCCUGAUCACUGCAGAGCUGUUUAAGCAGUCACACAGACCGGCUGCCUACACUGUGGCCGGAUGCCUCAACUGGAUGUCCAACUUCACCAUCGGCUUCGUCUUCCCCUUCCUAGAGAUUUCUAUGGGUCCUUACUGUUACCUGAUCUUCUGUAUGAUCUGCUUGGGAGUGGCUGUCUACACUGUCUUCAUUAUCCCUGAGACCAGGAACAAAACCUUUAUGGAGAUAAGCCAGAUGUUCGCCAACAAGAACAAGAUCCCCAAAGAAGAGCUGAUUCCCAACGGUCAUCUCAAAAUGGCUCUGAUGAACGGAUAUGGAUCCCUUGGCCUUGGCGAUAAAUAAGACAGGAGUGAUGAGGUGGACUUACAUGUAAAUGACUGAAGUGAGUGUAGCAGAGAUAAAAGGUAAAACUUCUGUGGCCAUGAGGAGGUCUGCUGCUUCAUGUGAAAACUACAAAGACCAGUGCGUACACACACAAUAGUUCCUGUUUUAACGGUUAAUCCUCGGUCAAAGUGUAGCUCCUGUACAUGAUGUGAGACAGAAGUCACGCGGUCAUGCGUUUCAAAUCAGCCAUCAGUGACAUUUUAAUCCAUUUCUCAGCAUCUUAACACAUUUUUACGGGAGCCCAGUUGGUUUCUCACAGUGCUCUCAGAAGUUUUAAUCUCCACAUUAGCCUCACUGUGUUUGAAGACAUCCCAUGAUCACGUCAUUGUUCAUACUCAGCGUUGAAUACCAUCUCUUUGAUGCUCAAUAAAGACUGAACAUGUUUAUUCAGUGACACAACAACAACACCUCUGAGGCAGCGCUUGUAUCAGUGAACUACAGGAUGGUAUGAAAGCCAUUCCUCUCAUGUUUCACUCUGUGGAUAAAAGGUCACAAGACGUAGUGUGUAUAAUAAAAUAUUUACUGUUACUGUAUGUUUACAGUGUUCAGCUCAAGGGGAAUGUCCUGACCAAAAACUUGAGCUUGUUUCUUCUGUCGUUCCGUUUUGAUUUUGUGUCUGUUUUAAGAGAGCUGGAUAUUGUGGCUGCUGAUCAUUUCGUACAUCUCGUCCAAGUAUAUGCACAUAUAUGUUGUUAACAAGUUAUAAUUUAUCAAUAUACAAUAUCACAACAAAGUAGCUGUUAAAGUUUGCUCAGUCGUUUUUUAACUGGCCUGUUUUACACGACCUCUUUGUAUAAAAUGUGGUGAAAAUAAAAUGAAGACUGUUCAAAAACUA